AUGGUAAGAUCCAAAGAGCUCUCUGAAUCGUUCAGAAAGAAGACUGUUGCUGUUUAUGAGUCUGCCAACAACUGCCCCGACAAUUGCACCAAAAACUAUGAAAAAAUAUAUACUGUACUCCUUUAUAAAUUUCCCAAAAAAAUAAGCAACACAAGCAACAAUAGCCACAAUAGUAAAGACACUACCACCAGCAGCAGCAGCAGCAAUACUAGCAACAGCAGCGGCACCAGCUACGCCUCCAGCUGCACCCCCUGCUGCACCUCCAGCUAUGCCUCCAGCUACACCCCCAGCUGCACCUCCUGCUGCACCCCCAGCUGCACCUCCUGCUGCACCUCCGGCUGCACCUCCUGCUGCACCCCCUGCUGCACCUCCUGCUGCACCCCCUGCUGCACCCCCUGCUGCACCUCCAGUUGCACCUCCUGCUGCACCCCCUGCUGCACCCCCUGCUGCACCUCCUGCUGUACCCCCUGCUGCACCUCCUGCUGCACCUCCUGCUGCACCUCCGGCUGCACCUCCAGCUGCACCUCCUGCUGCACCCCCUGCUGCACCUCCUGCUGCAAUUCCUGCUGCAAUUCCUGCUGUACCUCCUGCUGCAACUCCUGCAGCACCUCCUGCUGCAAUUCCUGUUGCAACUCCUGCUACAACUCCUGCUGCAACUCCUGCUGCAACAGCUCCAACACCACUGCCAGCACCACUACCAGCACCACCACAAGCACCACCACCAAUAAUCUCUAA